AGUGACAGGGAAGGAUGUUAUGAGACGCACGCUGUCAUCGUGUGACAAGCAUGUGUUGUAUGUUUAGGUAGAGCAGAGCAGUCACUGUCUCGUUCGGUUUGGCAUACAGUGUAUCAUUACAUUUACCCUGAUUGUUGUGCACUGCAAAGGGAUAUCAGGGGAGCUUCAGUUUCACGACAAAACUGAGAACUUUCAAGAUGAACGUUUACUGUAUACCCACGAUCCUCCUCUCCCUCUGCCUCUCCAGUGCUGCAAACAUGAUAAGCUCCCACAACUGUAACGACAAGCUCAGAACGUUCAAUGUGGUCCGUGUGUCUGUCAACGGCACUGCAUCCGUCAGAUGCCCCAACCUGACAGGCAAGGACCAGGAGGAGAUGAAAUUCCACCUUUACCUGGGCUUGGUCGAGGUUGGCAACCACACUCACGACAAUGCUCACAACCACAAUUCCACAGAGACCGUGAGUCCUGUUGGGAAGGGUCUGGGGCUGAGGGUGAACAAUCAGGACCAUACGGUCAGUUUUGUCCUCUCUGGAAUGACCACAGAGCACGCUGGAGUCUAUACCUGUGAGGGGCACCCCAUGUACCCACCUCCCAUUGAGAAAGUACCAGACGAGCCUCAGACCUUGGUCCUGGUUGAAGCUCUCCAGUGCCAGGCAAUGAAGACUGGGGGAUGUGUCGGCUCUGGAGAUGAUGGUGUCCCUGCUUGGGCAUGGGUGCUGGGGUUCUGGGUCACCACCAUCUAUGGCCUGGUUGUCACGGUCAUCGCCUUUGCCAUCCGGCUCAGACUGAGGAGAGUGGAGUGUUCCCAGAGCGACUACAUGAGUACCAAACCCAGAGCUCCACUCGGGUGGCCCAGGAAGAAGCAGGGGGUCCAGCAUCCAAUCCGAAUGGGACGAUACUGAUCACGGUCAACCUCAGAUCAGUCAUUCUCAUACAAAAGCUACACGAGAGUUGAGCCUUUAUUGGCCCUUGAGAGCUGACUUCGGAAACCCACCAAGUUCUUUAU